GCAGCGUUCGCAAACUUUCCAGGACCAGCCAGACGCUGAAUAGUGUGUCAGACAGUUCGGAUAAGUCUAGUUGGAGCGAUGGCGGUGCCGAACGGGUUGUUUUGAGGGAAGUUGCGGAAACGUUUGAUAUCUUUCGGAUCCUAGCGAAUCAUUUCAACGCAACAAAACGUUCCAUUGGUGGUUACACGACAAGACAUUAGCAGAAUGUAUGCUCCAAAUGUUCAAGUGUCAGUGCAGUAACGUUACUAUAGUAGUAUAGCGAAUGAGUUAGCUGGCCAGCUAAAGGUUUUGGAGAGCGAUUCAACUAACGUUAGCUAAACUUGCCAGCUAAAAGCUAACUGAAAACUAAACUUGGCAAUAGUGUAGUUACCAACAAUAAUAUAGCUAAUCCUGGUGUUGGUUUAUGUUUCUGGUGUUUAACCAAAGUUUAUUUCGAUAAUGUGACUGCAGGUACUGUUUUGGUACUUGAUAAACGUCAUAGCCUGAAAAUUCAGGAGCUAACGUUUUCACGUAUAGCUAUGCCUUUUUUGCUAGCUACUAAAUUAGGUAGCUGCUAACGUUAGUACAUUUAGCUAUGCACUUUUUGCUAGUUACUAAGUUAAGUAGCUGUAAUGGGCUUAUUUUUCACUCUGUCCGUGUUGGGACUGGGUAAACUUUAAUGUACACUUUUUGAUAAGUAGCUCGUUAGCUACAUAAAUAUGCUUUGUUUUUUCCAACUAGCGAACUUUAUAGCACGCUAGGUAUUAGCUAGCUAGUUUUACCUAGCUAGUUAGUUAUCAAAAGUUGACCCACAAAGAAACUCCCUGUGGGGACGUGGAGAGAUGAAAGUAGCAAACGAGUUUUACCAAGACUUUGGAAUACCAUGCUGGAACCGUCUUGCCCAUUUGUGAUAUCGUUCUGAACGAUUCAGGGGCAUUCGGAUUAGAGGUCCUUUGAUCGUUUGCUUUUUCGUCAACAGUUUGCACCCUAUAUGGUGCGGCUACAGCCACCGAGAAAUGGAUGUUUCCAAGGGCGGUUUCCAAAACGGUGAGGGGCGACCGAAAGACACGGGAGAGCAUGCCUGGACAGAUUCCCCCACUGCAAGAGCUUGGGCUCAUUCUGCUCCCCUGUCCCGAUCGCUGUGGACGGCAGUGUUUGACUAUGGAAGUACUGGAGAAGACGAACUUAGUCUGCGGCGGGGGGACAUUGUUGAGGUCCUCUCGAAGGAUGCUGCCAUCUCGGGAGAUGAAGGAUGGUGGACGGGUAAAAUUAACCAUCGAGUCGGGAUUUUCCCUGCAAAUUAUGUUACCUAUCAACCUGCCAUUUACAGACUUCCAGACGGUAGCACGGUAGGGGUGAGGGAGCGUCCGAGUACUCCCAUCCAAAUAGAUUUUAGCGAACUCGUUUUAGAGGAAAUAAUCGGUGUCGGGGGAUUUGGUAAAGUUUACCGAGGGGCAUGGAAGGACCAAGAGGUCGCUGUGAAGGCAGCGCGACAGGAUCCUGACGAAGACAUCACUGCAACUUCGGAUGGUGUUAAACAAGAGGCCAAGCUCUUCUCUAUGCUACAACAUCCCAAUAUAAUAAAACUUGAAGGUGUUUGCCUUGAGGAGCCGAACCUGUGCUUGGUGAUGGAAUAUGCUCGUGGAGGGACUCUUACCCGGGCUUUGACUGGUCGGAGGAUACCCCCACACAUUCUUGUCAACUGGGCUGUUCAAAUCGCCAGGGGCAUGCACUACCUACAUGAGGAGGCUGUUGUGCCUAUUAUUCACCGCGACCUGAAAUCCUGCAACAUUUUAUUACUUGAAAAAAUCGAGAACGAUGACAUUGGAAGGAAGACCUUGAAGAUCACAGACUUUGGCCUGGCCAGAGAGUGGCACAACACCACCAAGAUGAGUGCUGCUGGCACGUACUCAUGGAUGGCCCCUGAAGUCAUCAAGUCCUCUCUCUUCUCCAAAGGCAGCGAUGUCUGGAGUUAUGGUGUUCUUUUAUGGGAGCUGCUGACAGGAGAGGUGCCUUACCGUGGGAUUGAUGGGCUGGCUGUGGCCUAUGGUGUGGCUGUCAACAAGUUAACCCUCCCUAUUCCAUCCACCUGCCCAGAACCCUUCUCCAAGCUCAUGGAAGAGUGCUGGGAGCAGGACCCCCACAUCCGGCCGUCGUUUGCCUCCAUCCUGGAGCAGCUAACAGCCAUAGAGGAAGCCGUGAUGGCCACCAUGCCCCAGGACUCCUUCCACUCCAUGCAGGAGAACUGGAGGGUGGAGAUCCAGGAGAUGUUUGAUGAGCUCAGGACAAAAGAGAAGGAGCUGCGUUCACGGGAGGAGGAGCUGACGCAUGCGGCGCUGCAGCAGAAGUCCCACGAGGAGCUGCUGAAGAGGAGGGAGCAGCAGCUGGCGGAGCGAGAGAUCAACGUGUUGGAGAGGGAACUCAACAUCCUCAUCUUUCAGCUCAACAAGGACAAGCCCAACGUCAAGAAGAGGAAGGGCAAGUUCAAACGCAGCCGCCUCAAACUCAAGGACGGCAACCGCAUCAGCCUGCCCUCAGAUUUCCAGCACAAGAUCACGGUGCAGGCGUCACCCUCCAUGGACAGUAGGAGUCUGAACACCAGCCCCCCCAGCAGCCCCACACUCAUACCCCGCCUCCGGGCCAUCCAGUUGUGCGCCCGAAUUGACAAAAUCCGAAGGGACAGUAUGUAUGUGUAUCACCAAGAUGUGGAUAUCACCAGCGAGUGCCAGUCCUCUACUGGGGUUAGGAAGAAAGUGACUCUGGACGAGAGCAACAGGACAUGGGGACGAAGCACCAUCUACAAGCCGGAGGAGUUUGAUGACGUCAAGAAGGGGAUUAAGAAGAAGGGGCGAACGUGGGGACCGAGCUCCGUUCAGACCAAGGAGCGGGGAAAUUAUGCUGAAAGAGUGAGGCCACUGUCUGAUGGAAACAACCCCUGGUCCACAAGUCUGGGGAAGUCCCAGAAGUCUGUUCCGUUGGCUGCGUUGUUUGCAGAGCAGCAAGCCUGUCUCUGUCCUCGUCCUUCAUGUUCAGGGACCAGUAAAGAAGAGAUGUGCUCGCCAGAUGGAUCGGACAACACCAAACCAAAGCAACUGAAGUUCCCCAAUCAGGUGUACAUCGAUCUACCUCUGUGGAAAGAUGAGAAGCAGCAGUGGGGCGAGGGGAUGGCAGGAAGCUGCCCUGGGGAAAGCCUGGAGGACUCCAGCACCACCUCAGCCAGCUCCACCAGCACCACCCCCCAGCACACCCCCACCAACAGCCUGAAGAGGACCUCCGCUCGUCGCCGGACAGACACCGUACUCUACUGCUGUGCCUCUAUGCUGGCCUCGGUGGCAUUGGGCUUUGACCUGCGUGACGUGCUCAAGGCCCCACCGGCAGAUGACCCUGAGCCUCAGCCCAGCGUGGAGAAGAAAAAGAAAGAGGGUCUGUUCCAGCGCGCUACACGCUUCCCUGGUGGACGUUCUUCCCAUAAGGAGGAGGCAGCCUCCCAAAGCCCCAUCAACCUCAUCUCCAUGUCUUCCAUCUCAGUGUAUAACUCCACCAAGAGCCUCCUGCGGUCAGCCUCGGAGGGGCCAGAGCCCAGCCCUGUGAAGGAAGUGGCCCCUGUCAACCUGUCGCACCCCAGGCCACAGCCCAGCAGCGGCUCUCAGCCCCAGGUUCCAGAGGCGCCCGGCCGCAGGACUCCGGCCUCCCCCCUCCCCCAGCCUGCUGCCCUAGAGAAGACUCACAGUCAAAGCAUGGGCUCUCGCCUCCGGAGGAAGAAGUCAGCCAUCAUCCAGGACACUAACGGUACAUCUGGCUCUCUCACAACUUCAUCGGGACAGUCUUCCACCACGACCUCUCAGAAGAAGAAGUCUGACAGGGAGGACACCCCAAAGAGAGCAGCUAGUGGGGAGACUGUCACCUCCAGGUCCCGGCCUUUGUCCCUCCGGGGCAAACCCCACUCAUGGGGUCUCCUGAGGGGCCGCAACAAAAGCUACUCCCUGGGCCACUAUUCUGGAGAGAAGAGCGCCAGGAGCCUCAACAUCGUCCUCUCUUCCGCCGAGGUCAAGAUGGACUGCUCUCUGCUGGAUAUGGACACGGAGGGGCAGAAACGUGACUGUACCGUGCCCCUCUGCCGAAUUCAGAGCGGCCCCAGUCGCCCCUCCGUCUUCGACCUAGAGAAAAAAUUCUUGUGAUAGCAGAAAUAAGCUGCCUUAUUACCAGGAUCCAAUCUCUAAGUAACGUUUAUGAGUUGGAUCAACAAGUCUUAUUUGACAUUCCAGGGCAUUCCACUGCCCUCCUGUGGCUUUUACCUGAAUGUAGGCCACUGCUGCUGAACACUAUUUAUUCUGUAAUAUUUUGAUAGGUAAUUUAAUAUUGGAAAAACGUGUUUCAAUAGCAUCAGGUUGAUUGAACAACGAAGGAACACAUUUAAUUUUUUGUUGUUGCAGAAAUGUUGACAUUUUUGUGCGCACAUACUGGUUAGGACCAUGGCAUCUUAAGUUACAAAAUGAUGCUUACGUUAAAAUGUUAAUUUGCUUUUGUCUGUGGAUCUUUUAUACUCCGUUUUGAUUUAAUGCUGGUAAUUAUUUUGUAUUGUAUUGAUUUUGUUUUUAUAUUGACAGAUACAACAGUGUUUAUUUUAGGAUGAGUUCUGUCCCAUGUCUGAGAGGUAAUAUUGAAGUCAUCAACAUGUGGCGCAACUGACAGAUUUACAAAUGUAGGAUCUUAAUUUGAGCCAGUUUGCUACAGCAGGAAAAUAAUGCUGCAGCAGGACAGUUCUUCUGCAACAGGGUGAUCAAAUUAAGAUCCUACAUCUGUAACAGUGCAACCAACAACACUGGAGAACCUAGUCUCAACACUGAAACACUAAACCAGGCCUGGUCAGCUUCUACUUUACCACUAUACGACAAGCCUUACCAGCAGCUGGACUAGUACCAGUACUGUACAUAAAGACUAUUCAGCAUUAUUAGCUGCUAUGGUUUAUGUGGAAUAUGACCAUUUGGCUCGAAAUCAGUUCACAUGGGGGUUAGUCUACCUAGGUUCCUGUGAAAACACUAUUUUGAAGAACAAAGAGAUGGGAAUUAAAUAUAUUUCAAUACUUGUUUGAGUAACAGUUAAAUGCUGUAUUUCUUAGCAAUUAUUUUCAUAUUAACAUAAAAAGCUGACAGGAACUGUCUCUGAUGCCACUAGACUACACAAAUUGUUAUCAUCUGAAUAUUCAGUCCCCAUUUAAGUACCAUGCAAGUCAUUAGUACCGAGCAACAAGUAAAACUGUCCGUAAAUAUCCAAUGUAUUGUUGUUCGUCCCCAUUUACAAAGGAAUACCGAAUGUUAAAUCUCUCUUUUUGUAGUUCUGUUUAAAUCAUGAGCACUGUCUCUUUAUUUAAAUCGACAUUCCUAACAGUACAUCCCAGACAGGUGUUGAAGUCACUACAACUGGAAGAAUAGCUUUUUUUAACACUGCCUUUUGAGAUCAAAUCUCAUCAUUGUCAAAGCUGGAGUCCCUGCUAUAUCCUGACAUGUUAAGCAUUCCAUUAAUUGAACAACAACUUAAGUCUUUUUUUUGCCUUAUCUUCCUUUUUGUUAGCAUUGUGUUAGCUCUGUGUGAGGAAACUGGUUCAAGUGAUUGAGAUGACAACAUACAGUACAUACUGAUCAAACCUGUUUAUCAGUGUUUCUGUUCACACCACAGAAUCCCAGCGUUGUUUUAUCUUCAUGUAUCCCCAUGUUAACAGGAAUAUGUCAGUUGACCUCAACCUUCUUACUUUUAUACUCGCAAGCAUACUUAAACCACUUCAAGAAUGGCUGUCUGAUUAGAAUGAUAGGUCUUUGAACCAGUGUGAAUCAUCAAACCCUCCAUGUUCUUUCUGGAAAUGUAAAUCAACUCAAGAUGACCAUACCAAACAAAUGUGAAUCCAUACCCUCUUUACCUUGUGUAGUGUCAAUACCUGGAAAUCAAGACCAAAAUGCCUAUUUUUGUUGUCUUAGUAUCUUGGAAUGAAAAUGGACUGAAAUACAGUAAUUAUAAUGAAAUAGUAUUCUCUGAAAUGUUUCAUGUUGGGUCUCAAAUCAAUUAAUUAAUUAUGCUGCAAGUAGUCUCACUGUGGGAGGCAAAUAUUAAUUUGCAGACAUGCAGUAUGACAUGUCUUCUCAAUAACCUGCGUGGACCAACAGCUGCAAUAGUGCUGUGUAGAUGUUAUGAGGACAUGGUCAAAGAAACUCUGGUGACGUGACCACUUUUCAGACUCCUCUCUGAGUGUAAUAACCUGUAGUAGGAUGACUAGGUGAUGAUGAUAUCCAGCCUCUGGAGGACCAUGUAAGCCAAUAGUUUAGUCUUAUACAGUAUGGCUCAUGGUUAUGAUAGAGUUUGCUACAGCACAUAUAGUAUGAGACUAGGCUAGCAGGGCGAUUGACAAAGCACAAUCAUUCCACUCGUGUGAGACAUUCAGACUUCCCGUACACUAAGUGCUUGUGUAGUUGGAGUGGUGUUGCACUCAACAAGCUGCAAGAUACACGGGAAGGAGCUCUGCUGUUGAUCUGCAGACAGUCUGUGUUGAGAGACAAAAUAAUGUAAUGUCUCCUGUUCCCAAAACUUUCACCAAAGCUCAAAGUUCAUGAGACAGAUUUUUUAUACUGUAUUUUUAACCAGCCAUUUGGUUUGAAAUUAUUUAAGUCAAAUUGACAAAUGUAUUUUAUUUAAAAAAAAAGUUUGUUACAUAGUACCCAUCUACAUACUUUUAUUUGUGACCUAGUGUAUGUACAGUAUUCUAGUUUUUUGGUCUCAGAAUAAAUCACCUGUAUGGUGUUUUAAGGAACAAUGUUUACCCCUCAGGAGUGGCUUUGGGAUUAAUAGAUUUUUCUCCUACUACUUAGACGAGGUUAAA